AUGGCUAUCAAGCAAACCUAUUAUGCUCCGACAGACCUCAAAUAUUAUUAUUCACAAAACGAGACACUGCCUCGAAGUCUCAUUAAAGUGGUUAAUAACGUAUACGACUUAAACCCGGAAAAUCUUGAAGAUGACUACGGGGUGAAUCGAGCAGAAGAGUGGUUAUUCUAUACACCAAGAGAUAGAGAAAACGAAAUUGAGAACAUUCGGAAUGGAGCUGCUGUUGAUGGAUAUUGGCAAGUAAUAGGGGAUGAUGAAACUAUCGUAGAUAAUGAUGAAACUCUUGGAUUUCGAAAGACUUUAGAAUUCUACAAAGGAAACCCACCUAGAGGUGACAAGACUUCUUGGAUUAUGCAUGAAAUUAGAGCGAAUGAAGAUCAACAAAGUGUUGCAGAUGAUACUAAGUUGGACGAUUGGAUUGUGUGUAGAAUAUACCACGAGGAGAACAGAUGGAAGGAUGAGACAUGUCGGAGUGAAGCAGAAGAUGAUCAAUGGUUUGAUGAUUUGGGUGAUAUAAUAAUAUACCACGAGGAGAACAGAUGGAAGGAUGAGACAUGGCAGAGUGAUGCAGAUGAUGAUCAAUGGUUUGAUGAUUUGGGGGAUUUAAUGUAA